AUAAGAUAUAUUUACGAAAAUGGCAAUGGUAAAUGAAGCUAAUGGUUACGCGGGAAAUUCCAGCCAUAGACAUAAUAUAAAAAGACUUCUGCUAAUUAUUUAUUCAUGCACCGAACGUCAUGAGUCGCAUAAUGUACUAUGUGACUUUAGAACAUAACUUUAUACUGGGCUCCCCAUUUUUCAGGAUGCUUAAUUGACUCCAUGUCUGCUUAAUUAUCCUUUUCAUAUGACUUUACCCUCAGGAAAAGAAAACUGAUGCUCUUCUUCUGAGAGCAACUGGACUCCAUAAGGAAGUUCAUAAGACCUGUAUCACUACAGUCUACACAACUGGCUGACAAUCCUAACCAAUCCUCGAAAGCAUAAGUAUGGAAGUGACUUUAUACAUUGUAUUAUCUACUUUUAGAAUAUUUUCAGAUCGAGAGCAAAAGAAAGAAGAAAAAUAUAAUAUGAUUUAGAUAUGUGCUGAAACAAUUCUUUUUCUGACGACGACGAAACGUUUACGAAGCUCUUCAUUUACAGCAAGAUGAAGAUUUACAAAUACAGCUUGCUCCACAUUUGCAAUUGGUUCCACACGUGCAGUGUCCUACAGCAAUUUAAAAAAGCAGUAAGUUAUAAAUUAUGAUAUGGCUUUUAAUAUCAAAUUUCACCUGAGCUUAGGCAUUUGCAUGUUUCCCCUUGCGACGACGGCGUGGGACAUUUGACGCAAUUCAUUCCACACUUACAGUCGUCCCCACACGUGCAAACACCUAUGAAAAUGAAUGAAACCUUUAGGACACACGUGUAACUAAUAAAUAAUUGCAAAGCCGGAGAAAAGUAAAAAAAAAAAGACAGAAGGCACAAGUAAAAAAGAAAAAAAUCGAGGAAAUUUAAUCUUGACGCUAAAAAUAUUAAUUUACCUUGACAACGAGGGCACACUUUAGGCAUGAUGUCUUAGGUCUUUUCAGUUCGACACGAGCUUAUCGAAUAGAUUCCAUUCAGAGGUAUCACAAACGACGUUAACAAGUGGCUUCUUCUAGAAAUUGGAGUGCCGUGCUGAUAAGUACAACGUUGCUUUUCACAUGCUCUUUGAUAGACGCCCGACAGUCGACAAAUCUCAUGACGUCAUGCCCUUCAGCUAGUUCCAAUAGAGCACAGUUUGCGUACGACGUCGAUCUUGUUUUAUGGUGCGCAAGUACCAAUCUGAUACCCAAAAGAGAAACGAGAUGUAGUCGUAGGGUCAGGUGCUAAAUCAUUCGAUUCGUAGAAUGGCCGGACGAAGCCAUAUGUCACUGCUGUUUCGGCAAAAAUCCAAAGUGGUAUCCUCAAGUGUCGAAAAAAACGAGAACGGUGUUCCGGCUGCAUCGUCUCCGGCCAAGGUACUUCAACCCCUUUCGAAAACGCCGGAAAACUCGGAAAUAUCCGCUGCGGUCGCUCAUCCCAGUUAUACCAAAUUGUCGGAAGGCUUGCGAAAAAAAACACCAGCGGGCGUCAUUUGCCGUGCUUUCUGCGGUGGCAGAAAGUGCCGAUAUGACACGUAUGAUCGUUGGUCCGCGGAAGAUAUGGCCGUCGAUGGAAUUUUUUCCCAUUGGGUGACUGAUAACAUCUUGGCGAUGGCACGUCCGAACUCGAACCUUAUCGAGAAAAAAGACAUCGUCGGCCAGUUCAUUCGAUUGGGAAUCAAGACGAUCAUCAAUCUGCAAACCGCAGGCGAGCACGCACACUGUGGUCCACCACUCACAUCAUCUGGCUUCUCCUACCUGCCAGAAAUCUUCAUGGAUAAAGACAUAUACUACUACAACUUUGGAUGGAAGGAUUAUGACCAUGGUUCGCUGGAGGGCUUACUGGACGUGGUGAAGGUCUUGUCUUUCGCCGUUAACCAAGGCAAAGCAGCUGUUCACUGUCACGCAGGAUUGGGUCGAACUGGUGUGUUGCUCUGCUGCUAUCUAAUCUACAGUCUUCGAUGGCGAUCCGUUGAAGCCAUGCGGCACGUACGACAGAAGCGACCCAAUGCCGUCCAGACAUCCAGCCAAAUGAUGAUGAUUCAGGGAUUUGAACAGUUCCUCAUAAACUGCUCCAGCGUGUUUAGUCUCAGGUAUUCCAUUCUAUUAUUUACCUUAUUUUUCGUUGAAACGGAACUUUUCAAAAUAUUUAGCAAAGCUGAAGCUAAGACUACGAGUGCCAAACCACCUUUCACUCUUUUGCAACACUUGGAUGAUCAGAAGGAGGUCCUCCACGGCUAUGAAGCGAGAGCUUUGCGCUACAUUCCAAAGAUCAUAUACGUGAUAUGCGAACGAUUGCUGUUUCUUUGCCGAGCCGAUCCGUUUCCGACGCUCAACUAUUGGUUAGACGAAAGUCGACCGCCUUUUACUCGCUCCUUCUUUUGUUUUGUUGACAAUCCGAAACAACUGACGUACCAAGCGUCUGGACACGAACUUCUUGGAAAACUAAAAGGAUGGGCAACUAUGGAGAAUUUGAGAUUGGCCGAAGAACCAAAUGGAUCGGAUAGUCUCGUGUCGGCCGGACAGGGCAAUUUUGGCUCUGUUUUCAACUGUGAUAAUACCCAGGUUAUUUUUGAAGAAGUAAUUAACAGCCUAUUGGCUAACCCGCCAGCAGAUUUGUUGGCCCAUCCAACAGUUAGAGAGUAUUGUCUAACGUUGGACGGACGCCAAUCUGGCUGGAAAAGCUUGUCAUCCGAGAAAGAGCCGAAAGUCUUGGCCAGGCUCCUUUGGCAUUGGCUCCUGCACCUGAAACAACCCAUUUUCACCAACGAGGAAUUGAGUAACAUCGUCGUAUACGCCGACAAGCCAGCAAUCUGCCUUUCUCGUUUCCAUCUUGCGACUCGCUACAUCGUAGAAUAUUUAUUACGCUUCGCGCAGCGAUUAUGUCCAACAUCGACUAAUGCUCGGCUCGAUCUGACACGCCGACUGGCCAGCGUUCUGACGCAACAAGCUGUCGAGAUCCGUGGAAUUUAUUUUCCGAAUGACGGGCGGAAGAGAUUGGGCCAAGGAACGCUGGCCCAACUGCUGCAUUUCCUCACAUCGGCGAUGGACUUAUUCAGUGAACCUGCUACGAUUACAGACGAUUCAGCUAGUGCAGUUCAAGAGUGAUGGUUUGUAUUAUUUCUCCGUAAUCAAACUGUCAAUUAAAAUAUAAAAAAAAGGUAGUACGUAAAGAGACAGUAUAAAUGGAGUACUACCGAAUACAGCAGGUAUCUGCAAGAGGUCGGGUAAUAAACAUCAUUGAUCGACCGGCGGCACGCAAUAUUGCCAUUUCUGAAUAA